AUUGGAGUGGAGUUUAUUAGGAAUGAUAUCGAGUAUAGAGUUUACGCUAACAAAGAGGUUAUCGUUUCCGGCGGUCCUAUAAAUAGCCCACAAUUACUAAUGUUGUCGGGUGUGGGUCCCAGGGACCACUUAAAAAGUCUUGGGAUACCAGUAAUACUUGAUCUACCGGUUGGUGACAAUUACAUGAAUCACCCGAAUAUAGAGUUGAGUCCACGGGUUAAACCCGAGUACUUGUAUCUCGUCAACGAAUUGCCACAAAUCAAUAUCAAACAAUUGAGUCAACUCUACUAUGAGCAAGGUGGUGUGCUCGCUCAACACGCUACUGUAAUAUUUUUCUAUAGCACCAAAAGUAACCAGGAUAAACAAUGGCCCAAUGUCAACCUAUUUAUCAAUACAUUUAAUGGUUCAUUUGUGACCACGUCCAAUUUAGUUCGUGUCAAAAGUCACGGUACAGUACGCCUACAGUCAACCGAUCCCAGGGUUUAUCCACUUUUAAACCCAAACUGGUUAUCCCACCCGGAUGACGUGCAAAACACAUUAGAGAUGACCAGGAUGCAAUUUUAUUUGUUUGAGAAAACACAGUUGGCUCAAUAUGUUAUACUGCCUAAAUUGUCGAAAUAUGACUGUCCGGUGUGCACCGGGAGGUAUAUUCACGAGUGCACAGAGGGGUUGAUGUGUUGGAUAAAGUAUAACUCGUUCACUACUUAUCACGUGUCCGGGAGUUGUCGUAUGGGCUCAAUAGACAGACCCGAUGUUGUGGUCGACCCCCAGUUGAGGGUUAAGUACACGAAGAACCUCAGGGUUUGCGAUUCUUCAGUAUUCCCAUCCCUUCCCAACGCCAACACCGCCGCUAUAUCUAUAACUAUUGGCUACAAGUGCUCGCAAUUUAUUAAAGAUACAUAUGAUUUGAAA